GACACCAACAUAACGAGGCCCCAUCGCACCAUGCGUAGCAACAACCCGGCUUGAGUAGAGCUCGAGCUCAACAACGUCAGGGUUGACGACAAAUUAAAUAGGUGUAAUUUGAGAGAUAACGUGCUGACAGAACCGCACUUGGGGUCCUAAAUAGACACCGCGGAAAAAAUGGCGGACGACCCCAACGCAGCAGACAGGAACGUGGAGAUAUGGAAGAUAAAGAAGUUGAUCAAAAGUCUGGAAGCUGCUCGGGGGAAUGGUACGAGUAUGAUCUCCUUGAUCAUCCCUCCAAAGGAUCAGAUCUCCAGAGUGGCCAAGAUGUUGGCUGAUGAGUUUGGCACUGCAUCCAAUAUUAAAAGCAGAGUCAACAGGCUCUCUGUGCUCGGAGCCAUCACCUCUGUACAGCAGAGACUCAAACUCUACAAUAAAGUGCCUCCCAACGGCUUGGUUGUAUACUGUGGCACCAUUGUGACUGACGAGGGCAAAGAGAAAAAAGUCAAUAUUGACUUUGAGCCUUUUAAACCCAUCAACACUUCUCUGUAUCUCUGUGACAACAAGUUCCACACAGAGGCUCUUACAGCCUUGCUGUCAGAUGACAGCAAGUUUGGUUUCAUUGUGAUUGAUGGAAGUGGCGCCCUCUUCGGAACCCUGCAGGGCAACACCAGGGAGGUGCUGCACAAGUUCACCGUGGACCUACCCAAGAAGCACGGCAGAGGAGGGCAGUCUGCCUUGCGUUUUGCUCGUUUGAGGAUGGAGAAGAGACACAACUACGUCCGAAAGGUGGCGGAGACGGCAGUCACGCUUUUUGUUUCCAACGACAAGGUCAACGUAGCAGGCAUGGUCUUGGCUGGUUCAGCUGACUUCAAGACGGAGCUCAGCCAGUCAGAUAUGUUUGACCCGAGGCUACAAGCAAAGAUCCUGAAGCUGGUUGACAUAUCAUAUGGUGGGGAGAAUGGGUUCAACCAGGCCAUUGAGCUGUCUGCAGAAGUGCUUUCCAAUGUCAAAUUCAUUCAGGAGAAGAAACUUAUAGGACGAUACUUUGAUGAGAUCAGCCAGGAUACAGGGAAGUACUGCUUUGGGGUGGAAGAUACACUGAAAGCCCUGGAAAUGGGUGCUGUUGAGAUUCUGAUUGUCUACGAGAACCUGGAUACCAUGAGAUACAUCCUACGAUGCCAUGGAGCAGAGGGACUUGCUAUGGUGGAGAAGGGUACAGAUGAGAAAACGUUGUAUUUGACACCAGAGCAGGAGAAAGACAAGUCUCACUUCACAGACAAAGAGACUGGGCAGGAGCAUGAGCUGAUCGAGAGCAUGCCGUUACUUGAAUGGUUCGCCAACAGCUAUAAGAAGUUUGGAGCCUGUCUGGAGAUUGUCACUGACAAGAGCCAAGAAGGAUCCCAGUUUGUCAAGGGCUUUGGUGGAAUUGGUGGGAUCUUGCGGUACAGGGUGGAUUUCCAGGCCAUAGAGUACCAAGGAGAAGACGAUGAGUUAUUUGAUUUGGAUGACUACUAGGUAGUUGAGACUGACAAGAAAUUAAUCAAUUGAAAGGCUUUCCCUGAUUUGACCGAGAUACUGGUGGAAGGAAAGCAAGUAGUCAGGAGGGAGACCCAGACCUUCAAAUAAAAGACAUGGAUGUGAUGCCAUAUAUCAACGUUUCCCUGACUUGAAGCAGUGACUCAUCACCUGGUUGGAUGGAGCUCGUCUUGGUUUGUUCCUCCACUCUACAUUAAUGACUGAUUCAAAGUGACUGACAGCAAGGCCACACUCCUCCUGCCUGCUUGGACUUCUCUAGGCCACACUGAUAGGUUAUACAAAUCUAUUUUUGUCAUCACUCCCCACCUUCCAACUCAAUUUCCCUUUAUUUUUUAACAUUUUUACUGGUACCUGCUGCUGUUGUGUUUUGAGAUUUUGAUUAUUUUGUUUUCCUUUUUUAAAUCAAAUUUAUGUAGAGGGCAAGGAAAUAAUGAUUAAAUUGGAGCUGCUUUACUAUCCCAUACCCUGUCCCUGCCUCCCGUCUUAUCCUAUCUUUAUUUCAGCACCUGCUUUAUUUUGUCCCAGCUCCCCCCUGGUAACUUAUUCACUGUCACAGGUGCUGUACUCUGAGCCUGUACUGUUUUCUUGUAUGUUUUUUCAUUUAGAGGACUCUUGACCUUUAUGACUCAUACAGAGUUCCCAGAGCUGAGAUUUAGGUUUAUACGUCUGCUUUUAUAUUGCCUUGUACACACACCACUAUUAAGCAUAAUGAACCAUGCCCUCAGUGUUGUGACCAUUCAUACUUUCACCCCCCCCCCUGUUCCACAGAGACAUCUGUGUCCAAUGUUUACUGUGAUUGAUAGGUCAGUUUGUCACUUGACAAUUUAGACAAUGAGAGCCAGUGUGCUUGUUGCCAGGCAGUUUUGUAUGUCUUGUCUUCCAGGCAUGUUACUGGGUCGUGUUCAAUACUGAACGACCAGUUGAGUGUGAUUAUGAUGGCCCAGGGGGCAGUUACCAUAUGGUGUGCAGUAUGAGUUUUGUGAUUUUUAGAUGGUCACACCCAUGUUGAGCAGGCCGCCACCACAAGCUAUUGAAGAACGGUGUGUAGUGUUUUGGGGGAGACGUGUCGUUCAAUACAAACCGUCGCGCAAUGUUGCAAACAUUGAAGUGUACUGAAUGCACCCCUGGUAUGAGCAGUCUAUCGGCAUGAAGGUUGCCCAUCAGGGAUGGGGGGGGGGGGUGGAUUGGUGUCGUCACACUUUUUCCCCAUCCAUAGCAAACAGCUGAUUUCAAACUAAUUGCAUUCUAAACUGUGGAGCUUGAUUAUUGGCAUCACAUGCUUUGUUAACAACAGGUGUAGACUAACACUGGUUUUCCCAACAAUGCAGAUUUUCUUUUAAAGACAAAUAAUAGAACAAUAACAUAGAAUAAAUACACAAUGAUUAAUGAUAACUUGGCUAUAUACACACAGGGUACUACAGUAGUACUGAGUCUGUGCAGGGGUAUGAGAUAAUUGAGGUAGAUAUGUACAUAUAGGUAGGAAUAAAGUGACUAGACAACAGGAUCGAUAAAUAGUAACAGCAGGGUAUGUGAUGAGUCUGACUUAGUGCAAAAAGGGACAUUGCAGAUAGUCCGGGAAGCUAUUGCUUAACUAUGUAACUAACUAUUUAGCAGUCGUGGCUUGGGGGUAGAAGUUGUUCGGGGUCGUGUUGGUUCCAGUCAGGUGUUUCAGCUGGGGUUGGGGGAAAUGUGACAACAAUCAGGCCCCUGAGGACUAGAGUUGCCCAUCCUGAUCUACAUCAAUAGAAAUCUGUAUAGUUAUUAUUUUUGAGUACAAUGUGAAUGACUAAUGGCUCUGAUUGUCUCUAGUCUUUCCCCUACCAUUAUAUAUAGGUAACUGCCAAAAUAUAGCGAACACAAGUAAAUGAUAGAUACAAAGUAUAUUGAAAGCAGGUGGUUCCACACAGGUGUGGCUCCUAAGAAUUCUUAUGCUUAUGGUCAUGUAUGAAAAUGCUGGGCAGGCCCAGUUGCCGAUUAUUUUGGCUACCAUGGUUAUGCCCCCAUAGGAUGACAAUGCUCCCAUCCACAAGGUAUGAGUGGUCACUAAAUGGUUUGAUGAGCAUGAAAACAAUGUAAACAAUAUGUCAUAGCUGUCUGAGUGACCAGAUCUCAACCCAAUUGAACACUUAUGGGAGAUUCUGGAGCGGUGCCCGAGAAGGCGUUUUCCACCACCAUGUCCAACAAAACACAAUGAUUGCAUUUCUCGUGUAAUAAUGUCACAUCCCUCCAAUAGAUUUCCAGACCCAUGUAGAGUCUAUGCCAAUGCGCAUUGAAGCUGUUCUGGCUCGUUGUGGCCCGACGACCUAUUAAGAUGCUUUAGGUUAGUGUUUAUUGUUAACUGCCCUUUUAUUUUGGCAGUUACCUGUAGGUUUGACACAGCCCUGCCUAGCUCUGUUUCUCCCUGCACGAAAGGAUUUAGUCACGGAACAUUUUGGUCAGAGGCACUGGAUGUUGGUUUGGGGGCCUUUGUGGCUUGUAGUGUCUAAAAAUAUAUAUUUUGUCAGCCUGAAUGUGAGUUAUGGGGGGGGGGGACUAUUGUCUGGAUCUGGCACGUAAGAAUGGGAUGGUUCUAUGUAGCCCCUUUUGGGGCACAGUGAGCUAUUUUAUCAUGUUAUGAAUGUGAUGUGUGAUGACUUUUCAACAUCAAAAGCCCAUGUUAUGACAUUUUCUGGAUUUGAUCUAUUCAUCUGUCACCAUUUUGUAUGAGAUGUAUUAAAUGACCUCAUUGUUUGCAAA